AUGAGUAUGUUGUUCAAGAACAACAUACUCAACAACAACCUACUGAAGAACAACAUACUGAACGUCAAGAGGAAACCCAAAGGGAACAUGAAGAGGAACGUGGUAGUGAUAUAAGCAUAGACGGUAGGGAUGCAGACUUGCUAAUGACUAUAAGAGAUAUAUCGGAUAGUCUAAGUCAUCAAAUUCAGAAAGAAUCAGACCUGCCACAGAUGAUUACUACCCUUCCAUAUGUGAGCCAACCUCUUGCACUUUGUGAAUUGGCUCCAAUGGAUCAAACUGUACAAAUUGUAAAUGAAGAAUCUCAACUGGAAACAACAAAAAAACAGGUUGAGAUGAAAAAAAAUGAUGAAGCAGUUACUUUGGUUGAAAAAGAACCAGUAACUGUGCCUGAUAAAGAUGUGGAAGAAAAACCAAUAAAGAGAAGAAAGCUAUGUAAAAUAGCAAAUAAAGAGGUGCAACAUGAAGAUGAACAAGGUAAUCCACCCACAACAUCUGCUCAGAUCAUAUCAGUAUCUACAACACCUGUCCCAGAUGUGGAAAUCAGAGAAGUAGAUCCAUAUAAUCCGAUGUGGAAAGUGGAUCCAAAAUUAUGGAAGGAAUACUUGCAAUGGAAAAAAUCAAGAAAAACAACCCAUGAAGAAAGGAAAGUAGUCUCCACAACCAGAAAGAAAGACUUUUUCAGACAGCUUGAAGAAAACACAUGGGUACAUGGAGACACAUUGGAUUUGCUAUUAUCCCACUUGCAGAAUAAAAUGUUGCAUCUCAAGCACCAUUGCAAGCGUUCUUUUAGAAUAUUACAUUCCUCUUUUCUGCUUGGAAUCAAUAAACCAGACUGCAUUGUUUGGAACCAUAUUUUUGAUACUCAUCUGGUGACACCAGAUAAUAAGAAAGCUGAAUGGACAGACCCAACAGCACACCUAACUAUAUGGACAGAAAAAGAUGUCGAAUACUAUUUCAACACUGCUGUUGGUGAUUACAACGACAUACCAGGGUGGGGAGAUGUCAACUACGUGAUUACCUGCAUCAACAUAAAAGAACACUGGUUGGCUAUUGCAGCUGAUAUGAGAAAAUGCAGGAUCUACGUGUUCGACUCAAUGCCAAAUUAUGUUGAGCAGAAACUUGUUGAUGAAGCUCUUCAAAUGCCUGCACGAUGCAUUGCCUCACUCGCGAUUGCAAUUGGAGUCAACCUCCAUUCAGAUCGUUUCACAUAUGGCCCUUGGCCAAUACGCAGAUCGAAGGCCACAUUACAGAAAGGGCGUUCAUUGGAUUGUGGAAUUUUCUGUACCAAAUUUGUUGAAUGCCUUGUAACUGCUAGUGACCUUGGUUGUCUAACUGUGCCAAACAUGAAACUGUUUAGACAACAAUAUGUGCUGGAACUUUGGGCCAAUAAAUACUUUUGUUAAUAUUUGUAUUCGUUUAUAUAAUUUUUUUAUGUAAUUUUUAUAGAGAGAAUAA